AUGCCGGGAGAUGACAAUGCUGUUGGAACGGAGACAAAUGAAGACAAGCCAACCACAUCAAAUGCAUCAACCACGGAGGAGCAGACGCCCAACAGUGAGGAGUCGCAUCAAAAUCCGCAACAAAGGAGAGGCGAAGAUGCGGACAAGUAUGCAGCUUCAGUAGCAAAAGUAGCACACGGAGGUGGGAAUGCCAAAAAAGACGAUACAGCUGGUCCUCCGGCUCCCGAGUCUACUCCUCCUCAGCAACCAGUUCCACCUCAACCACCACAACAACAACAAUAUCCCCCACCACCACACCAUUUGCCGCCACAACAUUCAAAUGUGCCGCCUAACAGUUUCGCACCCCCUCCGGGUCAGCUUCCUCCAGGACAACAUCCUCCUCCUCCGGCUCAUCAUCCCUCACAUCCCGGAAUGCCGCCGAUGGAUUGGAGACCUCCACAAGGAUCAGAACACCAGAUGCCCCCGGUUUAUCCGCCAGGAUAUCCUCCAUACGGAAUGCCACCCCGUCAUCAUCCCGGAUAUCCUCCACAUCCAGCUUACUACCCACCACCUGGAGCUCCUUACGGAUAUCCGCCACAAAUGAUGAGGCCGCCUAUGAUGGGACCGGGAGACAUGGUGAGAAUGCCACCAGGACCAACACCUACAGAAUGGGCUGCCCAACAACAAGCACAAGCGGCUGCGGCGGCUCGAGGAGCUCCACCAAAAGAUGGGCCUAACGGAAACCCUGCUACACCCUCGUCUUCUCAACCCAUCCCAUCGCCAUCGGCUUCUUCAAUAGCGGAGGAAUCUUUAGAUGAGAAACCGAGUGGUACAAAAAUGCCACCUCAACCAACACCACAACCUCAACAGAUCAUGUCUCCGAUGCCUCCUCAAACACCUCAUGCACAACUACCAACGCCAAGUUCAUCUGCGACUCCAGCUACUCCAUCAGAAGCACCCAAAGUAUCAGGAAAAGUUCUGAGCAGGGCAGAGUUGCUUGAGAAGCUAGUUGGCCCUGUUAGUCAUCAUAAUCCACCGCAAGUGAUGCACGAGAGAAGAUUGUUCUUCGAACGCCUAAUUGAUUUUUGCGAACGGAGCGGGGACCCAAUCACUAUGGUUCCUCAAGUGUCUAAACAGAGCAUUGACUUACAUCGACUCUACAUUGGUGUAAGAGGGAAAGGAGGAUUUCAGCAAGUGACAAAAGAGAAAUACUGGAAGAAUUUGUGUACCGAAGCUAACCCGGAUUUGGCUGAGUCAUCUGCUGCCGGCUAUCAACUUCGAAAGCACUAUCAAAAGCAUUUACUCAUGUUGGAGUGUCGUGAGACUGGAAAAAAUCCAGAAGACGAGGUUGCGUAUGCGGAUAAGAUGAAACGACAAAGGAAGCGUGAACCGGGAGGUGCAGCAGCAGCAGCGGUAGCUGCCGCCGCCGCCGCUCAACAAGGACCAGAUCAGAAGCCUAUACAAGGAGUUCCAGGUGGAAGUGGGCCUCCACCACCACCGCCUGGACCACCAGGAGCUUAUCCAGAGGCGAUGGAUAAAUGCAUCGCUUCUUUUCUCUUUCCCAAUCAGGUCUCUCUUCAUCGUCAAGUUUGUAACAUUAUAACUCGUUUCAACUCACGUUUGAUCUCAAUAUGCGCGAUGGCACAUGCGUCUACAACUUGGUUUCCACUUCCACAGCAUUCUUCCAAUGCCCCUCUACCACCUCAUCAAAACGGGUAUCUGCAAGUUCCACAAGGCUCAUCAGGACAGCCGUCUCCGGGGGCUACGCCUCAAAGAUCUCCUUCAAAUUAUCCAAUGCACGGAUACCCGAGCGGUUACCCAGCAACACUUCCAUCACAACAACAUAUGUCUCGUAGUGAACAGUUUUAUCGGAGUCGUGGUUUCUUUCCUCCAGGGUAUCCUCCAAUAGGAAACGGAGCACCAGGAGGUCCUCAGUCUGGCCCGCCACAAUAUUCUGGCCAUCCUGGUAUGGAUCCAAACUAUAUGUAUUAUCAGCAGCAUGGAAUGGUACCACCCCAUCCCGGACAUCCUGGAUAUCCACAGAUGAACGCGUUCUCACCUGGACAGUAUCCGGGACACCAAAGGCUGGCAGGAACACCUGGAGGACCACCGCCAGGAGCACAGGCUAUGAGAGCACCGAUGCCUCAGCAUAUGCAGGAAAUGGAUGAACAACAGAGACAGUGGUACGCUCAUCAACAGGCUGCCGCUGCUCAUCACCAUUCGCAGCAGCAAGCAGCUGCCCAAGCUGCUCAAGCGCAAGCCUCUCAAUCCCAACAAUCCUCUACACCUGCAACGUCAACAACUCCAGCACCACAAACGGCUCCAUCCUCGCAAGUAGCUCCAGCCAGUGGCUCCAAUACACAACCAGCGACACCAUCCGCUUCCCACAAGCCUCCAACACCGGCCGGUGCAACUUCCGCUACUUUGCAAGUGGAAUCAGCUCCAACAACUGGUGGCAGUCAAUCAGGAAGUCGUGCCCCAAGUGUAGGUCCCGGAACGAGUGGAACUCCAGAUGGCGCUUCUUUGCCGGGAGUGGAACCACAGCCCGCAGUAAGCAGUGAGACAUCUACACCGGGAGAACCUGGAACAAGUACCCCAGGAGAGACAACUCCGUCUACAAGUGCUGCGCCACCAACUCCAGGCCAACCUCCACAACAUUCGCAAUCUCAAGUACCACCAGGACCGCCAGGACCGCCACAACAUGCGGGAGGUUAUCCAGGAUAUCCGGGAUAUUUGCCACCAGGUUCUAUGAGACCUCCGGCAGGAUUCGCUCCGCCACCAGGGGCUCCGUAUGGAUAUCCAGGAGCACCGCCACCGCAGACUGGGUACCAUCCUCAACAUCCUCAGCAUCCUCAACAUGCGCAGUAUCUCGCUUGGCAACAACAGCAACAGCAACGAUACCAUCAACAACAACAGCAACAGCAAGGACCAUCGGGAUCACAGAGACCGCCAUAUCCGUACCCUUCAGGACCGGUUCCACCAGGCGCUCAACAGAAUAGGCUCCCACCUCCACCGGUUCAAGGUGCACCUUCACCUUCUGGAACAUCUGCAAGCAGCGGGAAACAAGCCAGAUAUGGAACUCCAGUCCCUCCGUCACGAGCCACAGCUCCAACUCCACAACCGCUAACAUCUACAAUGCCUGUCGUUCCUCCGUCUACAUCUAGCCAACCAACAUCCUCUACUGGCAGCUAUCUUGCAAAUACAUUAGCAACACCAGGACCCGCCCAAUUCCCAUCAUCAUCUUCCCAACCAUCUCAGCACACAAUGAGUCAUCAGCAUCAACAUCAAUUCCCACCCGGGUGUAUAGAAGCAACGGCCACUGCACAAGUGCAAUUGAAACGAAGGAAAGUUUAUGCAAGAGAAUUGAUAAACGCAACACCACGACGUCUGAUCAUGUCUCUACGAUCGGGCUUGGAAGUGGAAGCCAUUUGGGCUAUUAACGCGUUGAACGUGCUCCUGUACGAUGACACGAAUCCCCAACCGUCUCUUCAGCAAAUGCCUGGAUUGGUAAAUGUUAUAGUGGAACAUUUAUAUGCGACACUGUCCAUUCUGUUCCCAACGGAAUUCCAUCUAACAGAGCCAGGGAAACCAAUCAUAUUAGACGAUUCUAAGGAGAUUCUUGAUGGAUUGAUAAAAACGGAGCAGAACGGAGGAAUGAAGACAAUGGUUGACAAAAUGCCUGUCGUUCCUCGUAAGGGCAGCGAUAAGACGGCAAAAUUCACUAUGGUAAGUAUGUCACGAAACGGGCUUCAGGUCCAUUUUCGAGAUGAAACGAUUCCAGUAUCGCUACAAAAAAGAGUGACCAGGGAACACACCGACAAGGAUGCUGCAAUGUUCUUAGAUGAAUCUAUCACUUCGAAAUAUGUGGCUGAAAGAAAUUCUAUGGGAUUAGGCGGAGGACUCGCUGAACGAAUAGCAACACGACUACGAGAUAAAUUGCUGCACGAAAAGACACGUCCAAGACCUGUGUUCUCAAAGUACCUUGGUGACGAUGAGACAGAAAAAGACGCGAACUUGGAAGACAAGAUAAUCAAGGAAGAAGUACUAGAAAACGGAAACGAGGUUCUUUUGAUGCGAGGUGCCAAACCAGAAGAGCUCUCAGAUUGCAAGCAUGAAGUGGAGCUAGCUCUGCCUCGUCCAAUAGCACUGUCUCCGAAGAGUAAAGCUAUGGAGGAUCUGGCUCACCGAGCUCUUGCACUUUCCAACAUUCUUCGAGGUUUCUCCUUCGUCCCAGGAAGUGAUGCGUUGAUGGCUAGGAACGAGGCUCUCCUGUUCAUCAUAGGAAGAUUUAUGAGACUGAAUGUGAACGAACGUAAGAUUGUGUCAAAGCGACCAAAAAUUGUUUUGGAUGAGGAUGAGCUGAAAAACGAACCGAAGACUCUUACGGAAGACGAGAAACGUGCGAAAGAAAAGUCUGUAUUGGAUGAUGUCGAUGCGACAAGAGCUCAGAUGAUUGAAACGGCGAAUCAAUUGAGAGAUGAUGCAUUUGUGAUGCUCACUCAUAUGAGUGUUUCGCUAAACUUGUACGAACUGCCUGAUCCAAUCGCUUAUCCAAUUUACGAUGGACUGCUGAGAUGGGCUGUUUCUCGUGUGCCAGAAGCCACCGAUUCAUCUGCACUAGCUCCAGUAUCACCGCGAGAUUACUCUUUGGAAAUCAUGUGCAAGAUGGUUGUAAUCGAACGAAACGUUGACAUGUUCCUAUCAACAGGUUCUUGGUCGAGAGUCGAGCAGUUCGUCCAUAUUUUGUCCAGAUUGCUCACGAUGAAUGAGGAGACUCAUUACCGAGAAUUUGCUAUUGUCAUUCUCAAUGCUCUGUGUAUUGCAUCCGAAGCAGUUUGCUAUAUAUGUGCAAUGGAGACAAAUACGAUUGCCCACCUUAUCCUCUUCAUUGAUUCGGCUGAUCAGAACAUGCACCAAGUUAUGCAGGCUCACGGAAUGGCUGCUCUUCGUGAUAAUCCAGAGCUCAUGGGUACUUCCGUUGGAAUGCUUCGUCGAGCUGCUUCAAUGCUCCGAUUGCUAGUUAAAGUUCCAAAAUCUUAUAAGAUAUACCUCAAACACCAAACACGUCUUCUGCAGUUUACCAUGAGCCAGCUAAUGGACUCGCGUGUUGCUGGCAUGGUUGCUGACACACUCUACGAAAUUCAGGAGUACGUUAAAGAAUUUGGAGAAGAUGUGCCUGAGCCAUUGAAGAUCACUUACUCAGAAGGUAUGGUUUAUUACUCGAGCUUCGGUUCUCAUGCCCUUAUCAAGUUAUUUCCAGGAUAUCAACCGAACCUGAUGGAAGAGAAGGAGGCAACUACUUCCACUGUGGAAAUCGACAAACUGAGCAAUGUAGAAAAGACGGACUCUCCGAAGACGGAAAAUGCGCUGGAGGCAUCCACAACACCGUCGGAUAGUAUUCAGGGGAAUGGGACGGUGGAAUGUGAAACAAAUAGGCCGUCGUCUUCAGAAGAUAUCGUAUCGCCUUAUGAAAAUAAUCAUAAAAACGAAGAGGAAGAUUUGAAAAAAGAUACAGAUGAGGGCGAAUCAUGUGAUGGCUAUGAGUCUGAUUCUCUUCGACUGUCACAAAAAAGGUCUGCUGCAGCUCUCAUUGACGAGGUGAGCCAGUCUCGUUCGCCACCAUCAGCAAAACGAACAUGCUUAUCAAAUGGAUUCGACAAAUCGAAAUCAUCGGUAUCAACAAACGGAACAUUGGUCGAAGCUCAAAACGAUGGUGCAAUGACGACUGCAGUUGCCUAA